AUGCCGGUGAUGAGAGGGCUGCUGGCCCCGCAGAACACCUUCCUGGACACCAUCGCCACAAGAUUCGAUGGCACCCACAGCAACUUUGUGCUGGGCAAUGCACAAGUGCAGUCGCUCUACCCCAUCGUGUACUGCUCGGAUGGCUUCUGCGAGCUCACGGGCUACGCUCGUGCUGAGCUCAUGCAAAAGAGCUGCGCCUGCCACUUCUUGUACGGCCCCGAGACCAGCGACCGCUUCACGGCGCAGAUCCAAGGAGCCCUGGACGAGCGGCGUGAGUUCAAGACCGAACUGGUGUUUUACAAGAAAGAAGGUACACAGUUCUGGUGUCUUCUGGACAUCGUGCCCAUCAAGAACGAGAAGGGCGAGGUGGUCCUCUUCCUGGUGUCCCAUAAAGACAUCACUGACAAGAAGAAGGACCAAGAUCCGGAACAAGGACCUGACACAGAUGAGGAGACGGGUCUGGAGGUGCAUCAGGUGACCCGCCCCCCCGGCUUCAACGCCAACCGCCGCCGCAGCCGGGCCGUCCUCUAUCACCUUUCGGGGCACCUGCAGAAGCAAGACAAGAGCAAACUCAAGCUCAACAAUAACAUGUUCGGGGAAAAACCUCCGAUACCAGAGUAUAAGGUAGCGGCCAUCCAGAAGUCCCGCUUCAUACUGCUCCAUUACGGCACCUUCAAAGCCGGCUGGGACUGGCUGAUCCUGCUGGCCACCUUCUACGUGGCAGUCACUGUGCCCUAUAAUGUAUGCUUCACUGUGGUGGGUGGGCGAGACGAAGGCAGCGCCCCCAGAAGCCCUCCAAGUGUCAGCGACAUCCUGGUGGAGAUCUUGUUCAUGCUCGACAUCGUGUUGAACUUUCGCACGACCUUUGUGAGCACGUCAGGUCAGGUGGUGUACGAUGCCCGCUCCAUCUGCAUUCACUACGUCACCACCUGGCUCUUUGUGGAUCUCAUCGCUGCACUACCAUUUGACCUCCUCUACGCCUUCAACGUCAGUGUGUACUUUGGAGUACACCUGUUGAAGACAGUGCGUCUGCUACGCCUGCUGCGGCUGCUGCAGAAGUUGGAGCGUUACUCACAGUACAGCGCUGUGGUCCUCACCCUGCUCAUGUCCAUGUUCGCUCUGCUGGCCCACUGGAUGGCCUGCGUAUGGUACUUUAUCGGACGCAGGGAGAUCGAGAGUCCUGGAUCCUGGGACAUCGGUUGGCUGCAUGAGUUGGCCAAGCGUUUGGGGACACCUUACUUCCUGUCGCCUCUAGCCGCGCUCUUCCCCACGUCGUCUGGCAUCCUCCCGGCCAACAGUAGCCAGUGGAACGUAUCGGGCUCAGAGCUGGCGGGUCAAGGCCGCUGGAACUCCAGCCAGAACGGAGGGAACACGUCAGCUGGCGAGGGCUCAUCUGCGGGAGGUUUGGGAGUUCUGGGCGGGGGCCCGUCCAUGCGUAGCAGCUACGUGACAUCGCUCUACUUCGCCCUGAGCAGCCUGACCAGCGUGGGCUUCGGAAACGUAUCGGCCAACACGGACUCAGAGAAGAUCUUCUCUAUCUGCACCAUGCUAAUUGGCGCGCUGAUGCAUGCCGUGGUGUUUGGCAAUGUGACCGCCAUCAUCCAGAGGAUGUACUCGCGCCGCUCACUCUACCACACGCGCACCAAGGACCUGAAGGACUUCAUCAGGGUGCAUCGUUUGCCCAAAGCCUUAGAGCAACGCAUGCUGGAGUGUUUCCAGACAACCUGGUCGGUCAACAACGGCAUCGACGUCAGUGAGCUCCUGAAGGACUUCCCUGAUGAGCUACGGGCUGACAUUGCCAUGCACCUGAACAAGGAGCUGCUCCAGCUCCCGCUCUUCGAGUCGGCCAGCAGGGGAUGCCUGCGCUCGCUCUCACUCAUCAUCAAGACAUCAUUCUGCGCGCCCGGCGAGUUCCUCAUCCGGCAAGGUGACGCCCUGCAGGCGAUCUACUUUGUGUGUUCGGGUUCCAUGGAGGUCCUGAAAGACAACACCGUGCUCGCCAUACUGGGUAAAGGAGAUCUGAUCGGCUCCGACUCGCUGACAAAGGAGCAAGUGAUCAAGACCAACGCCAACGUCAAGGCGCUGACCUACUGCGACCUGCAGUACAUCAGCCUGAAAGGCCUCCGAGAGGUGUUGCGACUGUACCCGGAGUACGCUCAGAAGUUCAUCAGCGAGAUCCAACAUGACCUCACCUACAACCUGCGUGAGGGCCAUGGCUCAGAUGCCGACUGGGAGAGUAACGGCGGCCUGGUGAAGAAGCUGCCCUCCAUCCGGGAGGACGAGGAAGGGAACGACGAGGAGCAGAACUUGGUAUCCCGCGCGCCCCGCUCGCCUCUGCGCCUCAGCCGGGGGCUCAACUCGCCACUGCGCUCCCCUCUGCUGCCCCCCAGGCCCUUCCGCGCCCCCGCCGAGCAGUCCCGUCCCGUCACCUUACAGAUACCCGUGGUCAGCUUUGCAAGCGCGCCCGCCGAGCUCAGCCCCAGGUUUGUGGACGGCAUUGAAGCGGAGAACAAUUCCAUGUCAUCCCAGAGGUUUGAGUUCUGUCCCAGCAUGUCACCUGCAGCCACGCCCUCCCCAUAUCCAGGCAGUCGGGAGUCUUCCGAGAUCAAGCAGAGUGUGUACAAGUUGACAGAGGAGAUGAACAGCCUCUCCAGACAGGUGUCCAAGCUCAGCCAGGAGCUUCAGGAAUUGACACACCUGCUCAAGCCCCUCCUCUAUAGAGGGCCGCAGCCACAGCCACUCUUGGUGGCCGCCGUGCCAAAUUUGACCCCACCUCCCAGCAGCAGCGCCAGCCGGCUGUCGGCGAGCGCUGGCCCGACGGUGCCCGCUCCAGUCACGCCGUGCUCCCUCCUGAGACCGGACACUCAUUCCCUGUUGGAUGGCGGGGACGUGGAGGGUGUUGACCUGCCGCAAUGCCUUCUCCCGACUUCUCAUUCACCACAAAGGCCUAAUCCCUCACUGCCCCCAUGCAACAAUCUCCCCUUGCCAAAGGAAGGACUUUUUGAGGGGUCCCCGAUCUUGGCCCCCUCUGGUAUAUUUAUGUCCUCGCUGCAGGAUCGUCCCCCGCUGGCGUCUGGCACUCCGUCACCAUCACUCUCCUUCUCCAUGUCCCUCUCCUCCUCUUCAUCCCUCUCCUCCUGCCACCCGUCCCGACAGGCCAGUUGUGUCAGUCGAGGAAGCCUGCUCCCCCCGCCUCCCUCCCAGGACACACCUCCCCCGCCGUGGCCCCCACACUGCUCCGCGCCGGCGUCUCUUGCAUCCUCCCCAGGGGACCGCUGUUUGAGACUAUCCCCGUCCAUCCCGCUGGCGUCCCUCGUCGUUGACGCUGGGCCCUCCCUCAUCUCCCUGCCUUCAUCUCUGGACUCACAGAGCAGAAAGCCCAGAGAACGCUACCUCGCUCGGGCUUCUAACUCGCACCUUUGCCGACAGACCGGGCCGGGCGACGGUGCCCUCCAGGAGAUGGAGAUGCAGGAACGGCAGGCCAAGGCGGGAGAGGAGAGGGCCUCCUCGGAGCACAUCAGUUUCAUCGAUGACGAUGAGCCAGCGGUAUGA